UGUCAGCUCUGCUUUUCAGACAUUCUCAGUUCUACCCACAAUAUUCUCUCUUUCUCUCUCUCCCACUCUCUUCAAUUCAAUCAUGGAGGAAUGAAUUCAUACUGCAUUUUCUCAUCAAUGAUUUGCUUUCAUCUUCUUCUCAUCAACACCACCUAUCUUUGGCUUGUCAGUGGAACUUUUUUGGAAGCAUUGGGGGUGAGAACCACAUAGAGGGAUAGUGUUAUCUCAUCCUACUUCAGCCAUGGUUCUUGGGUUAAGGACAAAACACAAGAAAGGCUCUUCAGUUCAAGUUGGUUACCAAAUUCAUAUCCAAGAAAUUAAACCUUGGCCUCCGUCACAGUCUUUGAAAUCGGUUCGUUCUGUUAUACUUCAAUGGGAAAAUGGUGAUCGGGAUUCGGGUUCAAUUAACCCAGUUGUACCUUCGGUUGGGUCCGGUGUUGGUGAUGGGAAAAUUGAAUUCAAUGAGUCUUUUAGGCUUACUGUAAUGCUAUCUAGAGAUGCAUCGGUUAAAGGUAGAAAUGCUGAGAUUUAUAUGAAGAAUUGCAUAGAGUUUAAUCUAUACGAGCCUAGGAGGGAUAAGACGGUGAAAGGUCAGCUUCUUGGAACAGUCGUGAUAGAUUUGGCGGAGUACGGGCCUAUCAGUGAAACCAUAAUUGUAACUGCUCCAAUGAACUGCAAGAGAAGCUUUAAGAAUACUGUUCAACCUGUUUUGUCUAUUAAGAUUCAGCCGUUUGAGAAGCAUAUUUCCAGCUCUUCUUCAAGGGAGAGCUUGUUUAGAGAAGCGUCCCUGGACACGGAUGCCAAAGGAUCUGUUUCCGCAUUGAUGAACGGAGAGUAUGCAGAAGAAGCUGAGAUUGCUUCAUUUAGUGAUGCUGAUGCUUCAUCACAAUCUUCUAUUACCAACUCCUCAUCAGCUUUUGAAGCUACCGGGAGUUCGUCGCCACAAAAUGAAGAGAAUGCGGUAGAAUCUGUCAAGGAUGCCAAAGGAACAAGUAGCCACAAUCCCAGCUCAUCUCUGGAACAGGUGGCAGUGAAGUCAGGAGACGAACCUGUAAUUGCAGCAGGCAAACAUUUCAAUGGGAGUUCAUCUCCUUCACCAUCAAUAGAGUUAUCUUCUGAAGUAAGGAGUCCAGAUAAUGACCAGGCAUCAAUGUCUAACUUCCACAACAGAAACUCAACAUCAAUCAUAAGAAAAAAUGUUAACCACAGUGAUCAAUCUUCUUCUUCAUCCUUAGCUAAUGUAGGUGUAGAGGAGGAAAAAGAUAACUCUGUACCCAUGAGUCCAGCACCUGAGAUUCGUGACAGGAUUGUCAAUGGCAGAAGCAAUAUCCAAGUAAGAGCCCAACCUAUGGACGAAAAUAACUUCGAAAAUCUUCUACCUGAAGCUGCAGCUCCAGAUACAAAUCACCAGGUUGUUGACUCUCAUCAGGUUAUAAGGAAAAAACGGGAUGAGAAUGAUCAGAGACUAUCAGCUGAUAAUGGACAUAAUACCACACUAAAUGAAAUUUCGAAUGGGUUUUCACCAGAUGCUAUUAGAUCAUCAGGGAUUAGUACGAGUGAUAUACCUCCAUUUAGCAUCAGGAGAGGUCUCAGAGUGGGUUAUACCCCAACUACCACUAGGCUGAGGUAUGCGAAGUCUGUAAGGUCACCGUCAGACUCCCCUAAGAGCAAUGGGUUUGUCGGUGAUAGUCAGUCAACCGGAGAAGUCAAAACACUGGAGAUUCCAGAUAAAGCGCGUGAGGGUACCUUAAGCUUCACAAGGGAUGAAGGAAAAGACACUACUAUCGUGCCAAGAGAAGCAAGAACCAAUUCAUCUGAUAGCAUAAUUCAGCAACUCAAGCACAGAAUAAAGAAGCUCCAGGGGGAGCUGAGAGAAACUGCUGCAAUGGAGCUUUCCCUAUAUUCAGUUGUUGCUGAGCAUGGGAGUUCUGUAAACAAAGUCCACGCUCCUGCUAGGCGCCUAUCUAGGCUCUAUUUACAUGCUUCAAAAAAUCCAUCACAAGUAAGCAGAGCAAGUGUGGCUAAGAGUAUAGUUUCGGGAUUACUUUUGGUCGCAAAAGCUUGUGGGAAUGAUGUCCCAAGGUUAACUUUCUGGUUGUCAAAUUCAGUUGUUUUGAGAGGGAUUAUUAGCUUGACUCUUGAGGAUUCCCAGCUACCAGUUUCUGCAGGACCACAUGUUGAAACCAAUGACGUUGUGAAUGGAAACUCCAAUAGAUCCUCGUUGAAAUGGAAGAAAUCUCCUUCUAUGAAGAAGGAAAAUAAUCUUGGUUCUUCUGAUGACUGGGAGGACUCGUGCACGUUUACAACCGCAUUAGAAAAGAUCGAAACCUGGAUCUUUUCUCGGAUAGUGGAAUCUAUUUGGUGGCAGACCUUGACUCCAUAUAUGCAGCCUGCUCCUGGGAAGUCACGUGAAAGGAGGCAAUCUAGUUUUUCCACGCAAGAGCAGGUAAACUUUUCUUUAGAUCUCUGGAAGAAAGCCUUCAAAGACGCCCGUGAAAGGCUUUGUCCAGUCCGAGCUUCAGGGCAUGAGUGUGGUUGCUUACCUCUGCUGGCUAGAUUGGUAAUGGAGCAAUCUGUUGCCAGAUUAGACGUGGCUAUGUUUAAUGCAAUUCUUCGUGAAUCAGUUGACGAGGUUCCAAUGGAUCCUGUAUCUGACCCAAUAAGUGAUUUAGAUGUACUUCCUAUUCCAGCUGGAAAAUCAAGUUUUGGUGCUGGUGCUCAACUGAAAAAUGCUAUUGGGAACUGGUCCAGAUGGCUUUCUGAUCUAUUUGGGUUAGAUGAUGAUGAUCACCACCAUGAUGACGAUGAAAGUGACUUUGAUAGCAGAGAAGAAUCUGAGAAAUCUUUUCGUCUUCUUAAUGCAUUCAGCAAUCUGAUGAUGCUCCCAAAGGAUAUGCUCAUGGAUAGGGCCAUCAGAAGAGAGGUAUGUUCAACAUUUGAUGCUCCAAUGAUCAGGAGGAUUCUUCAAAACUUUGUUCCCGACGAGUUUUGUCCUGAGCCAGUUCCAAAUGAUGUGUUUGACACACUAAACGCUGAGUGUCAGGAGGUUAUCGAGUCCGAGGAAGAAUUUAUCGAAAACUUCCCCCUUAACGCCACUCCUACAACCUAUCAGCCACCUUCAGCUGAUUCUCUUGUGGAUAUCAUAGGAGAAGUUGGAAAGGGAACCCAACUGAGAAGAAGUGGGUUGUCUGUAGUCCGAAAAGCUUACACAAGCGAUGACGAGCUUGACGAACUUGAUUCGCCUCUAAACUCAAUUAUAUUUGAAAAUUCACAGUCUUCUUCCGCACAAAAGUGGAUGACUACAAGUGAAUAUGGGGUUCAGCAAGUCAGCAGGUACCAACUCCUUCGCGAGGUUUGGAAAGAAGCAGAUUAAGUUGUAGUAUACAAUAUGCAUUAUGUGUAACUAUGUAUUUUCUGUUCAACUAGUAGUAAAUACAAAAAUAAACGUGUAACUCGCACUGUACUUAUUUUUGUGGGUCUUGUAAAUUUUGGUUCCUUUCUUGAGUUGAAACUGACAGCAGUAAUUGCGAUUAGGUUCCU